GCUCAUCGGCAGUCAUUGUCAUUAUCAUUAUCAGAAGUCAAAACCCAAAUCAAGAAUCACUUCACUUUCUUGCAAUUAAAGCACUGUAUCAUACAGACUCUCACUUCUCUUUCUUUCCACCCUCUAAAUUAACUUUACAGUGGCCAAUCAACCGCCAAACCAACCUGAAAAGGCGGGAAUUGUUUCUUCUUUCUUGGUCCAUAAAAGGAAACUAGAUCAUCAUCUUUCUCACUCAAUUAUGAAAAUUAUUACAUUAUAUUAGUAGCAUAUUAUAUAUACCCUCCAAUAUUCAAACCUCAACUUCUUUUCUUUUCUUUUUUAAGAAAAUGAUGUCGAAAGAUGAAAAGGAAGACACUUUAUCAAUCAUCAACACCACAGUCCAAGUCCAGGAGGAAGAGAGGGAACUGGACCUGGGAUCUGAAGAGCUUGAUCCUCCUUUACCUCCUACUGUUACUUCCCGGGUAUUGUAUAUGUUGGGAGAUAUAACGGCGGGCCCAGCAUAUCGGUUUGCACAAUGGCUGGAGUUGGUUCGUAAGAGAAGUGACAAGUAUCGUGCCUCGGGGUUCCCACGCCGGCCUUACAGGCUCGAAACGAUGCCCUCCAGUGUGGGAGAAUCAAUUGUUGAUUCAAAAAGUCCACCUCCUGAGCAAGCUCCAGAGGUCAGUUUGUGGGAAAGGCUUGGUAAAGCUGCGGCACUGGACAUUGAGUCGAGCUCUUUUUCUUGGGACAUGCUGUCUUCCCUCCACCACACUGAGCAUAGUAGUAGCACCGAAAAUUCUGAGGAUGAAAUGAGUAAAGCCCUUGAAGUAACUGUAAAUUCUGGGGGAGUUGUAUUCUUUGCCUUGUUCAACCAGCAAGGAAAUGCUGAUGCUUUUCACAAGGAAUCAGCAGCUGUCAUAAAGUUUUCAUCUUCAAGGAUGGCCACACAAUCAGAACGUCUUGGCUAUGAAUUUGCAAAGUGGUUAGGAGUCCAAACUCCACAGGCUAGAGUCGUUCAAAAUAGCAGCCCAGAGUGGCUCCAGAUCAAGGAAGCUGCAGAGAAAGCAAGAGUUACAGCAGCUUCAGAAGGAGAUGAAGUAGGUGAAGUGACAUGUUCUGAGCUUCUGGAAGCUCUUGAACUCAGCCGAUGUCUUCUUUUGAUGAGUUAUGUUCAUGGAUCUCCUUUAUUGGAGAGCUCAAAUGCAUUUGAGCCACGUGAGACUGGAGAAAGAAUUGCAGCAGCACUUGGUAGGGUCUUCCUAUUGGACCUUGUCAUCAGAAAUGAAGAUAGACUCCCUUGCCGUGAGCUCAGAUGGCGUGGAAAUCCAGCAAAUCUAUUGUUGGCUGAGAAAAUGACCUCAUCAAAUGUAAAUGCCUUGGAGGUUGCUUUUGAUUCUGCAAUUAACCGAUACCGACCAAAGGUGAUUAAAGCUCUACAGAAAGAAAGAAGGGCAACUUCACUGAAUAGCAAGUUUAACACUCAUAAUCGAGUACCAGGACUUGUAUCACAGGGCUCUGAUGUUUCUGAUAUUACAGAAUCUCCAAAAUCCAACAAAAUGCCAAGAGUCCGAAAAUCAGGAGAAUCAUCGUUUUCUGACCUCAUUUCUCAUGCUGUGGCUAUUGAUUCUGGUGUUCCUCGUCGGCCUCCUGCUGAAAAACGCACAAACGACCAGGAAAAUUAUCCUAAAUUGAUUGAGCUGCUUCUUAACAGUUCUGAUUACACCUCUAAUUUGUUAUAUGAAGUAACGGGAGGGAAAUUAGGGGCUCCUCCAUUGGUAGGCACUGACUUUACUGAUACACAAGUAACAGAAAUGGCGUCAGUUGUUCAGGAAUUUCGAGGUGGGUUUCGUGCUGCGCUCAGGGAUCUGCAAGGUUUCCACGUGUUCCUUCUCACUCUUCACCAAAAACUCGAUGGCUUGUUACGAGUUUUAUUGAACAUCACAAAUAAAACAUCAGGGGACACUGACAGAGAAGAUUUGGUGAUCCCCGAGUCACCUUCACAUGGGGUUGUUCAUUAUCCUUCUCCAGCAAGUAAGGAACGCUUUCUUAAUGAUAACCAUUCAGAUUUUAGUGAUUCAGAUUCACAGAGAAUGGCUCAAACUCCAAGGUCAUCUUUAGGAAGUAAAGAGAGCUCAGAUUCUAGUUCUCCCAUGUCAAGAGAAAGCUGGCAUGGAAAGUUGUCCAAGGGGAGUGGAGAGCCCCUUCGUAGCCCGUGUCUAACGACAAAGCUCCGUGAAAUUCUUAAAUUUGCCAAGGUCGAUACUGAAACAAAUGAAGAAUUAGAACACUGGAAUGAAAUGCUGAGAAAUGAUGCUAUCAAACUCUGUCAGGAGAACAAUUUCAAUACAGGAUAUUUUGAGGGCAGUGAUAGUAACUGUGUUGUGGAUGCAUAUGAGUUGAAGGUAAGAUUAGAGCACAUUCUUGAGAGGAUAUCAUUGAUCUCCGAAGCUGCAAACACAGAGAAACCAUCAUUAAUCACAAAUAGUCUGUUUAUUGGUGGCACCCUGGCUGCAAGAUCAGUUUACACUUUGCAACAUCUAGGAAUCACACAUAUUUUGUGUUUGUGUGCCAAUGAAAUUGGACAGUCAGAGUCACAACACCCAGAUCUGUUUCAGUACAAGAAUUUUUCGAUUAGUGACCAUGAGGAUUCAAAUAUCAGCAGUAUCUUUGGAGAAGCUUCUGAUUUUAUUGAUCAUGUUGAAUCAAUAGGUGGAAGGGUUCUAGUUCAUUGCUUUGAAGGGAGAAGUAGGAGUGCUACAUUAGUUCUUGCAUAUUUAAUGCUCAGGAAGAAAUUCACUCUACUAGAAGCAUGGAAUGCUCUAAGACGAGCUCACCGCCGAGCUCAGCCCAAUGAUGGUUUUGCAAAAGCUUUAUUGGAUCUGGACCGCCAACUGCACGGGAAGGUUUCCAUGGAAUGGCAGAGGCGGAAGCCAGAGAUUAAAGUUUGUCCCGUCUGUGGGGAUAAUGCUGGUCUGAGCAGCAGUUCACUCAAGCUUCACUUGCAGAAAUCACACAAGAAGCUAUCAUCAGGCAGCGUGGACAGUGCAAUGACUAUGGAGAUACAAAAGGCUCUGGAUGCACUAAAAAUGACCCGAAGUGGCAGCGUCAGCCCUACAUUGAGGCCGUCUUCGCCAUCUCUGGAGGGCUAGGUACAGGAGAUACAUUUUAGUGCAAGAAAAUCAUCGCGCAUCACCUAUUCUUAGAAGAACUCUUGUUUAUCAAUCCAUGUCGCUUGUGGCCAUUUGUGAACGGCUUCUUUGUCAGCACCAAAAUUCACAGUAUCGACAGACAUUGAACGCGGCCAUUCUAUUGAUAGACCACUAUGCGCAAUAAGAGAAUAAAAAUUUAUAUCGAAGUCCUAGGUUGGUGCCGCAGUGCUGAUGUGUGGAGAGAAGGUUCAAGUGGUAUCAUUUUUCCCUCCUUUUUUUUUUUUUUUUUAUGUGGGGGGGAUUGUAACAUGUAUAAUUACACAUCCGCAAAGGAUCAAUUGCAAUUGCUGGUAUUUCUUUAACAAAGCUCCAUAGCACUCUUCAGCUGAA